UAACUCCUGCUUUGAUCAUCGCCUUGUCUGUCCGCCUUUCCUGCUACUCCCCAUCGCUUUAAGUCUCCUCCGAGUGUCUGUGAUGGGUGCCUACUACGAUGAGAUUGAGAUUGAGGACAUGGCAUGGGACGACGAUAAGAAGGUUUUUCACUACCCGUGCCCCUGCGGCGACCGUUUCGAGAUCUCGCGCAAGCAGCUGAAGAACUACGAGGACACUGCUACUUGUCCUAGCUGCAGUCUUAUUAUCCGAGUCAUAUACGAUCCUCUGGACUUUGAGGAUGAUUCCGACGCCGAAGACGAAGAAGCCGACUCUGAGGAGUCUCAGGAGACUGAGUCAGACUCGGACGAUUUUUACGAUGCCAUCGACAAGCUCCACAUCUCCGCCUUAUACGUGCCCGCUUGA